UAUUUAAGCACUUGUUUUAGUGAGAGGGGGCAGAACUCUGUCAGCUUUUUCAGUGAGAACAUUCCUUGCAAUAAGCAAUCUGUGUGCACCAUGCUGCGGGUGAGGUGUGUGAGAGGAGGAAGCAGGGGAGCUGAAGCUGUCCAUUACAUAGGAUCCAUGCUUGGAAAAAGCUUUGUCGGAUGGGUGCAGCGAACUUUUCAGAGCACCCAGGCAGCUGCAGUGUCCCAGAAAUCCUGUGCUGCUGAUGACAGAAUAACCGAAACCUCUCCUGAUGACUCUCCUGUCUGCUCUUACAAUGAAUGGGACCCACUGGAGGAAGUUAUUGUGGGAAGACCGGAAAAUGCCAGUGUUCCGCCAUUCACUGUGGAAGUAAAGGCAAACACUUAUGAAAAAUACUGGCCUUUUUACCAAAAGUACGGAGGCCAGAUAUUUCCGCCUGAGCAUGUGAAGAAAGCAGUUGCGGAGAUAGAAGAAAUGUGCAAUAUUUUGAGACUUGAAGGAGUUACUGUACAGAGGCCGGAGGUGAUUGAUUGGUCAGUGAAAUACAAAACACCUGACUUUGAAUCAACAGGUCUUUAUGCUGCUAUGCCCAGAGACAUUCUAUUGGUUGUUGGUAAUGAAAUCAUUGAAGCCCCAAUGGCUUGGAGAGCUCGGUUCUUUGAAUACAGAGCUUAUCGAUCUCUUAUUAAAGACUAUUUCCGCCGUGGGGCAAAGUGGACCACUGCACCAAAACCAACAAUGGCUGAUGAACUUUAUGACCAGGAAUAUCCUAUUCGUACUGUAGAGGACAGACAUAAACUUGCUGCUAUGGGGAAAUUUGUUACUACAGAAUUUGAGCCCUGUUUUGAUGCUGCGGACUUCAUGAGAGCUGGAAGAGAUAUCUUUGCACAGAGGAGCCAGGUUACAAACUUCCUUGGUAUUGAAUGGAUGCGCAGGCAUCUGGCCCCAGAGUACAAAGUGCAUAUCAUUUCAUUCAAGGAUCCAAAUCCAAUGCACAUUGAUGCCACAUUUAAUAUUAUUGGACCUGGACUUGUGCUUUCAAACCCAGAUCGUCCUUGUCACCAGAUUGAGAUGUUUAAGAAAGCUGGCUGGACUGUGGUUACACCCCCAACUCCAAUUAUCCCGGAUGAUCAUCCCCUGUGGAUGUCUUCAAAAUGGCUUUCUAUGAACGUCUUGAUGUUGGAUGAGAAACGUGUGAUGGUGGAUGCCAAUGAGACUACAAUCCAUAAAAUGUUUGAGAAACUUGGCAUCUCCACCAUCAAAGUGAGUAUUCGCCAUGCGAAUUCAUUAGGAGGUGGAUUCCACUGUUGGACAUGCGAUGUUCGUCGCCGUGGAACCCUGCAGUCCUAUUUCAGCUAAACUAGGCUGGAAAAGUGUUACGUUUUCAGUGAUGAAAUAUGUAAACAAAGCUUGUGGGUUUUUUGUUUUAAUGAAAAUUACAUUUUUCUGUUCAAGUGGGGUUAUAAAGCAUGUGAAUUUACAUGUUUAAACUCUCUGGCGUAGGUUAAUUUAAGGCAAUACUUUUUUACUCUUUAAAGUAAUGCUAUUCUAAUUGAGUUAAAAAUAAUGUAAUCUCCCCUUUUCCAUUAAUCAAACACUGGAUAUUUUUUUCGACUGCAGGCAAUUGAGGAAGACUGCUCAUUUUAUACAUCUACCUCUGUCUUAUCACAAAGGCAACAUUUAAUAUAUUUUUUACUUGACUCAUCUGUACUGUUUACACUUCUGCACACUGGUUUUAUACUGGAAAUUCCUUAUGUAUUACACAUUUAUCUGUUAAGUAUUUUUUCCCCCCAUUUGCACAUACAACUAUUUUUUUAUUUUUUUGUAAACUUUUCAUAUGAAAUACAUUCUGAUUUUUACCAUAAAACACUUGUAUAAAGUAUUGCAAGCCCCUCCUGCUUUUGUGAGAAAAAUGGGUAGCAAUGCAAAAAUCAAAAGAACACUAAGGAAAUAUUUUUAUAUUAAACUACUUCUAAGAUAACAAAUCAGUGGUAGACGGGUAUUAUGGCAAAUGUUAUCUGGCUCUCAUGAGUUCGUAAUGUAUUCCAAGAUGGAACUCGCAAACCUGUUCAGGAGAAGCACAUUUUUGUUUCUGGUGGGGAGACAAUUUAAGAGAAACUUGCUCCAUAGUAGUAUUCAUAAGGAACUAUUUGCUUUGUAAUAUUUUUAUGCAAAUAAAAUAUUUUCAUUGUA